GGGUGUGGAGCCCGGAUAUCGAGCAGAGCUUCCAGGAGGCCCUCGCUAUCUACCCUCCCUGUGGCAGGAGGAAAAUCAUCCUGUCAGACGAGGGGAAGAUGUAUGGUCGCAAUGAAUUGAUAGCAAGGUACAUCAAGCUAAGGACAGGCAAAACCCGCACAAGAAAACAGGUGUCUAGUCACAUACAGGUGUUAGCACGGAAGAAAGUUCGUGAAUACCAGGCGGGUAUAAAGGUUUCUAGCCACUUGCAGGUUCUCGCCCGGAGAAAAUCUCGCGAGAUCCAGUCAAAGCUAAAGGCAAUGAAUUUGGAUCAGGCGUCUAAAGACAAAGCCUUGCAGAACAUGGCAGCACUGUCGUCCGCACAGAUCGUCUCCCCGAGUAUAAUCAAGAAUCAUCUUCCACCACUGCCUCCUGCCCCCUACCAACCUCCCAGAUUCUGGCCGGUACAGCCUGGACCCUCUCAGGAGAUGGUUCUAGAUCUCAACCCGGGAAGGACUCCUGGGUUUGGCCACACCAGCCAUGCUAUCAAACCUUUUGCACAGCCCCCGUACCCAAGUCUAUCAGGUCAUGUGGGACAACCCAUAUCAAGUUAUGAGCCCUUAGCACCUCCUCCUCCACCGAGUGCGACUGCAGUGCCCGUGUGGCAGGACCGGACGAUCGCCUCCUCAAAGCUUCGGAUGCUGGAAUACUCAGCCUUCAUGGAGGUCCAGAGAGACCCAGACAAUUACAGCAAACACCUGUUUGUUCACAUUGGACAGACGAACCCUUCCUAUAGCGACCCGCUCCUCGAGGCCGUCGACAUCCGGCAGAUCUACGACAAGUUCCCAGAGAAGAAGGGCGGGCUUAAAGAGCUGUAUGAGAAAGGCCCUCAGAAUGCUUUCUUCCUCGUGAAAUUCUGGGCGGACCUGAACAGCAGCGGCAUGCAGGACGGCCCUGGCUCUUUCUAUGGCGUCAGCAGCCAGUACAGCAGCCUUGAGAACAUGACCAUCACUGUUUCAACCAAAGUCUGCUCGUUUGGAAAACAGGUCGUAGAGAAAGUAGAGACCGAGUAUGCACGCCUGGAGGGAGGGAAGUGUGUUUACAGGAUCCACCGAUCUCCGAUGUGCGAGUACAUGAUCAACUUUAUCCACAAACUCAAACACUUGCCUGAAAAAUAUAUGAUGAACAGUGUUCUUGAAAACUUCACUAUCCUACAGGUGGUGACGAACCGCGACACCCAGGAGACCUUGCUCUGUAUAGCAUUUGUUUUUGAGGUUUCCACGAGUGAACAUGGAGCUCAGUACCACGUCUACAGACUUGUUAAAGACUAACAAAUCUUCAGGAAGGUUUUUUUUUUGGAAAAGCCACACAGAAGCGUGACACAAUCUCUCUUCGACCAGCUCAAACAUCCGGGAAAAACUAAAAACAUUCAAACAAUCAUUGACCGGACUAACACGGACACAUUUUAUGCUUUAAAGAAAAAGUCCUGAUUGCAAAGGACGAAAGGAGUGAAUCUCAUCUUGCCAACAUGCAAAGAAAUUUUGAAGAACGACAGAUUUUUCAAACAACAAGCUAUUUUCCAUGUGUUUAAACAUGCUUUCGAUGAAGUGGGUCACUUUUGCCAAGGUAUUCAGUGGAGCUCGAGAUGUUGGAUUGAGGGAACGAGAAGGUGUUAAAGGUUGAAAGGACUCUUAUAAUAUCUAAGGGAACUUUGAGCAACAAGAGAAGUGUAUAUAAGAUUGAAUGUGUAGAGAGAGCUGGACCAUGGAAGAGAAAAACCAGAGCCAAGUAGUGUUGUUUCAGUAGGUUUGUUAGGAAAGAAAGUGCCUUUUCUCCAAAGAUGAUAUCAUUGCCUGCCACUUUGGAUUGCCUUUUUUUUACUACCUCUUGUUUUUAACAAACAUAAAAUAUUCAGACAGGUGUAUUUUGUAAUUAAAUUAGAAAUAAACCUCUUAGUCCUGCAUCUUUAGAGGCAGUUUUUGUAUUCUGUCACACUGAAGAAUGGGAUGGAAUUAUACAUUUUCAUGUAGCCUGUUCUUUUUUUUUCUACUAAACAUUUGUCCCACAUUUUACAGUCCAAGUAUACGGGGAGAAGGUUUGUUGUGUUACAGUACUAUUUAGGUUCUGCUUUUUUAACAUUUUGUUACACAGUUUAAAAAUCAGGUCUUACAAGCAUCUAUCUAUGGCUGAUUAUGACACUAUGGAUGCCUUGUACAAUCGCUAGCCUGACAGAAAGCCAGGGCUUUGCCAUCCUUAUGAGAUCCCCUGUUUUUUCCUCUCUGUUUGAAGACGUGUGCUUGGUUGCACUUACAAGAUCGAGAAGUGUUGGGGGGGUGGAGCGACAGCAGUGCUUAUUUUCUGCCUUGAGUUAUGUAGCCUAAUUGAAAAAAAUUCUGUACUGUGAGUCAGUGGAUGUUAAAGGAAUAUGUGUUACAUAGGAGUAUGUUUCUUUUUUCGUCUGGGGAUGUGGCCUUUAUGUCCAUAUUUGUGAUCAGUAUCUCAGCACAGAGACCAUGGUUUUAAAUGGAGAGAAGUUAAUCACUGUUUCUUUUGUUUAAAAAAGAGAUUAUAUGCUGUGAAGUCGGUUUAUUUGCUUCACCCUUCUCCGUGCCAUGUGUGGAGAAACUGCAUGUUUAUAAAAGUUCAGUUUUGAUAUUUAAGACAUUUUUUUACUGACAUUACACAUGAAAUAAUCCUGAAAUCAAACUGAACAAGUGUCUUGAAUAAGAGCUAUUGUCUCUGUGCUGUGGAGUAUGACCAUUGAUUGUUAUUUAUGGGGUUGGUAAAGAAAUAGGGGAAGGGCAGGGGGGGUACUGGAGAUGUAUUGACCUUUUUCCAUUGUGAUGGAGAUAUUAAAAGUAUUGCAGGAAUCAUGUUGAAGACAGAGCUGUCAUGCAAUGGAUCUUGCAAAACGAGUGUCUACUUUGUGUGGUUCACUGGACGAUUGUGCAAAAACAAUUCAAAUUUAAGUUUUUUUUUUUUACUAUGGAAUAACUGCACCUGGCUUUGAAUGUCAUAUUUCACAAGCGAGACAUAAUAACACUCCUCCUCCUCUAGCAGGUUUCAUCUUUUAUACAGAUAUUUUUUCGCCAUUAUCAAGAUUAAUGUUUUGUUUUGAUUCUGUCGUAUUUUUUGACUUUCAGUGUUUGCCAUAUGCUUCACUGAAAAUAAUGUGUGAUUGUGCUGAUAUUGAUAAUUAAUAAUGAGAUAUCUAAUGUAUCAUAUUCUGAAUGGUGUGGGCAGUUUUGUUGUUGUUGUUGUUUUUUUGGUUUAAGGUGGUUUACUGUUGUCUUUGUUACCAUUGUGCAUUGCAAUUUUAUACUUCCAAGUAGAGGUUGGACUAUGUACUCAAACAAAUGUAUCUAACAAUAAAAGACGCAUGGUGCCUUUGGGGCCAUUUUCCCCCUGAAAAUACUUAUUAAACAUGUUUGUAAAUUUGA